GACUAGCUGGGGAGACCUACUGAGUAUGUAAAGCAGCACUUUUCUCUGAAUAAUGGAGUAUUUUGGUGGAUUUAACCAUGACUGAGAAAUUAAUGGGACUAUCAGCUUCUAAAAAAGACUUUCUCAAUGAGAUUAAGCAAAUGUAGAUGAAGAUCUCCUAUGACUGUGAGCCAGAAGGAACAUUCUUCUUUGAAAAUGAGCACCAUUGCUGUAACACAUUUGCCAGCAAUCCAGUCCACCAAUCUUUUUAUAAAUCCUUACGCUAUUGAGGUGUUAAAGAACAAAAAAGAGGAACUUGUUGAAGGUAUUAAGAAUCCAGAUCUUCUCCUGAACUGGUUAGUGGACAAUGGGUUAUUCCCAAUGGAUAAAAAAGUGGCCAUGUCUUAUUACCGAACCAGGACAGAGAAAAACUCACGGAUGCUUGAUAUUCUGGUGUCUAAAGGUGAGCGGGCCUGUCGACUCUUUUUCUAUCCUUGUCUUAAGUUGAUUGAGCCAGAAAUAUAUAACAGUGUUAAGCAAUAUGUCAGCAACGUGAAUGAUUAUGUUGGGGAUGGCAAAAGGCAACUCGUGGGAUAUUUGCUUGAAAGGGACAAAGAAGACCUUAAAAGGCCUGUUAUCGAAAAGGUGGUGAAACCAGCUUACAAGGAGACUCUGCCCAAAAUUAAAAAGGUUCCAGAGAAAGUAUCAGAGGUUCCACGUCCUAAAGAAAAGCCAAGAAGUUUGCCCCAGUCUCCCAAAGAACCCACCACAAAAACGGGUUCUCUUAGUAUGUUUGAUGCUGCUGUAAAGGGGAAUCUCUCACUUUUGGAGGAAAUAUUAAAGGGUUCAAAUGUCAAUGCUGUGAAUUCUUCAGGCGAGACCCUUCUCCAUGUCGCUGCGGCCAGUGGACAUGUCCCAGUGAUAGAAUUUUUAAUCAGCAAAGGGGCUAAAGUAGAAGCCAGAGACAAUAAUAAUAGGACACCGUUGCACAGAGCGGCAGAGAACGGACAUGUAGAGGCUGUCAAGUUAUUGCUUAAGGCUGGUGCUAAUAUUUACAACUUUGAUGACGGCAAACAAACCCCUGUUCACUUGGCUGCACAAAACAACCACCAAAAAGUAUUGCAAGUCUUUCUGGAGGAAGAAGCUAAGCGUUAUAAAAAUAGGCGCAACUUUUUACACAUGGCCGCAAUCAAAGACGAUAGCAAACUGGUGACGAUGCUUUUAACAAAUGGUGCCCAGGUGGACGCCACAGAUGAGAAAAACCAGACUGCUUUGUUUCACGCUGUUUCCAGUGAGCAUGAAGCCACGGUUAAAGUAUUAUUAGAACACGGAGCUUCGAUAGAUUCCAACAUUAUUGAUAUUGCCUUUAAGACCAACAAUGAAAAGAUUUUUGGGUUAUUACUAGAAUAUUCUAAAGGAUUGUCUCCCGACACCAUGAUAUCGGCAAUGUUCAAAGCCGUCAAGCUGAAUCUGUAUGGUAUAAUCAAUGCUUUAAUUGAUAAGGGAACAGAUGUCAAUGCUACAAAUGACCUGAACUACACACCAUUGUUGCUUGCCGCAGAAUUAGGAAAAUCAGAAGCAGCCCAGGCUGUCAUUGAAAAAGGAGCGGAUCUUGAUGUUAGAACGCCGAAUCUGAACACAGCCUUACAUCUGGCGGUUCAAGGAGGAGAUGUUUCAAUCACGAAACUACUCAUACGUAAAGGAAUAAAUAUUAAUAUCACAGGCCCUGGAGACCAGACUCCAAUUCAUGUCGCUGCUUUUCAUAACAGGCAAGAACUGAUUGAUAUUUUAAUUGAGGCUGGAGCUGAUGUGAAUGUCGUAACAAAGGAAUUAGUGACUCCUUUGCAUAUUGCAAGCCAGAGGGGAAACCUUGAUCUUGCACAACGUCUUCUACACCACAAAGCCAAAGUUAAUGUUAAAGAUAAGAUUUCAAGGACACCCUUACAUCUUGCCACUGAAGGAGGGGGGGCAGCUAUGGUGCAGUUGCUUCUAAACAACAAGGCAGACCCUAACGCUGCCGAUAAAGAUAAAAAGACCCCUCUUCACUUUGCAGCAACCCUUGGAGAAGCUGAGAUGGUGGAAGCUAUGUUAAAAAACCAUGGCAGGUUUGCAGCUAAAGAUAUGGAUGGUUGCACACCCCUUCACUAUGCUGCGGUUGCAGGCAGUACGGACACGGUGAGGGCUCUCCUGGAAGCUGGAAAAAGCAAGAAUGUGGAUGAUAAAAAUGUGUGGCGGAAAACUCCUUUGCAUCAGGCGGCUGAGCACGGCCACAGUGAUGUCAUCAAUAUGCUUCUAAGUAACGGCGCAGCCAUAAACCCUCUAGACAGCAACAGAGACACGCCGUUGCACUGCGCCUGCAAGGCCGGACACUUCACCUCGGUGCAAACUCUGGUGGGCUGGGCGCAAGGAGAAAAAGCCAAUUUGCAGGCUACCAACAGCCUCAAGAAAACACCUCUCCAAGUAGCAGAAUCUGAAAAUACUGAUGGUCACCAGCACAUCACAACUUUUCUGAAAAAGAAAAUGCACUUAAUCAAAUAGAACCUUUGAUUACAAGUGUAGAGGAAAUUCGUAUGAUCCCUGCUAAAACACUUCAGACAUGAUUUUCUUUCUGGUGGCUGAUGGUUAGCGUACAUAUAUUUUUGGGAUAUAUUCUAGAUCUCCGUGAUAUUGGGUGACGUAUGAAAAGUGCUGCCAUGAAAUAUGCAGAAU